CUGACCCUCAGUGCUCUCCCUCUCCUCCAGGGCCGUGCUGCUGCCUGGAGACCACCAUGACAGACUCCAAGUACUUCACCACCACCAAGAAAGGGGAGAUAUUUGAGCUGAAGGCUGAGCUGAACAGUGACAAGAAGGAGAAGAAGAAGGAGGCUGUGAAGAAGGUGAUCGCCUCCAUGACUGUGGGCAAGGACGUCAGCGCUCUCUUCCCCGACGUGGUGAACUGCAUGCAGACAGACAACCUGGAGCUGAAGAAGCUGGUCUACCUCUACCUGAUGAACUAUGCCAAGAGCCAGCCAGACAUGGCCAUCAUGGCUGUGAACACCUUUGUGAAGGACUGUGAGGACCCGAACCCGCUGAUCCGGGCGCUGGCCGUGCGCACCAUGGGCUGCAUCCGCGUGGACAAGAUCACCGAGUACCUGUGCGAGCCCCUGCGCAAGUGCCUCAAGGACGAGGACCCCUACGUGCGCAAGACGGCCGCCGUCUGCGUGGCCAAGCUGCACGACAUCAACGCCCAGCUGGUGGAGGACCAGGGCUUCCUGGACACCCUCAAGGAUCUCAUCUCAGACUCCAACCCCAUGGUGGUGGCCAACGCGGUGGCGGCGCUGUCGGAAAUCGCGGAGUCUCAUCCCAGCAGCAACCUCCUGGACCUCAACCCCCAGUCCAUCAACAAGCUGCUCACAGCCCUCAACGAGUGCACUGAGUGGGGCCAGAUCUUCAUCCUGGACUGCCUGGCAAACUACAUGCCCAAGGAUGACCGGGAAGCACAGAGCAUCUGCGAGCGGGUGACACCGCGGCUGUCCCACGCCAACUCUGCCGUGGUGCUCUCGGCUGUCAAGGUGCUGAUGAAGUUCAUGGAGAUGCUGUCCAAGGACCUGGAUUAUUAUGGCACUCUCCUGAAGAAGCUGGCCCCACCACUGGUCACUCUGCUGUCUGCAGAGCCCGAGCUGCAAUACGUGGCCCUCCGCAACAUCAACCUGAUCGUGCAGAAGAGGCCCGAGAUCCUGAAGCACGAGAUGAAGGUGUUCUUUGUCAAGUACAACGACCCCAUCUACGUCAAACUGGAGAAACUGGACAUCAUGAUCCGCCUGGCCUCCCAGGCCAACAUAGCCCAGGUGCUGGCAGAGCUGAAGGAAUAUGCCACAGAGGUGGAUGUGGAUUUUGUCAGGAAGGCGGUGAGAGCCAUCGGCCGCUGUGCCAUCAAGGUGGAGCAAUCUGCAGAGCGCUGUGUGAGCACCCUGCUGGACCUCAUCCAGACCAAGGUGAACUACGUGGUGCAGGAGGCCAUCGUGGUCAUCAAGGACAUCUUCCGCAAGUACCCCAACAAGUACGAGAGCGUGAUUGCCACGCUCUGUGAGAACCUGGAUUCCCUGGACGAGCCCGAGGCCAGGGCUGCCAUGAUCUGGAUCGUGGGCGAGUACGCCGAGCGCAUCGACAACGCCGACGAGCUGCUGGAGAGCUUCCUGGAGGGCUUCCAUGAUGAGAGCACCCAGGUCCAGCUGCAGCUGCUGACAGCCAUCGUGAAGCUGUUCCUGAAGAAGCCCACAGAGACACAGGAGUUGGUGCAGCAGGUGCUGAGCUUGGCCACACAGGACUCGGACAACCCCGACCUGCGGGACCGCGGGUACAUCUACUGGCGCCUGCUCUCCACGGACCCGGUGGCCGCCAAGGAGGUGGUGCUGGCCGAGAAGCCGCUGAUCUCGGAGGAGACGGAUCUGAUCGAGCCCACGCUGCUGGACGAGCUCAUCUGCUACAUCGGCACGCUGGCCUCGGUGUACCACAAACCGCCCAGCGCCUUCGUGGAGGGCAGCAGGGGCGUGGUGCACAAGAGCCUGCCCCCGCGCACCGACUCGGGUGAGAGUCCCGAGAGCCCGGACACAGCCCCGUCAGGAGGGCCAGCAGGAGAUCAGCCCUCUGUCAUCCCCACCCAGGGGGACCUGCUGGGGGACCUGCUCAACCUGGACCUGGGUCCCCCCGUGAGCGGGCCCCCCAUGGCCACCUCCGCCGUGCAGAUGGGCGCCGUGGACCUCCUGGGGGGAGGCCUGGACAGGCUGAUGGGGGACGAGUCUGAAGGGCUGCGCAGCGAUGUGGGAGGCAGCCCUGCUAUGGGUGGCGGCAGUGGCAGCUUCACAGCAGCUCCCAGCACCACGGCACCCACAAACAUGGGGGCACCCCUUGGCAGCGGCCUGGGCGACCUCUUUGACCUCACUGGUGGCGUGGGGACCCUCUCAGGAUCCUAUGUGGCCCCCAAAACGGUGUGGCUCCCUGCCAUGAAAGCCAAGGGGCUGGAGAUCUCUGGCACCUUCAGCCGCCAGGUGGGCUCCAUCUCCAUGGACCUGGUGCUGACCAACAAGGCCCUGCAGGUCAUGUCUGACUUUGCCAUCCAGUUCAACCGCAACAGCUUCGGCCUGGCCCCAGCAGCUCCUCUGCAGGUUCAUGCACCUCUGGCUCCCAACCAGUCCGUGGAGAUCUCCCUGCCCCUCAACACCGUGGGCUCCGUCAUGAAGAUGGAGCCCCUCAACAACCUCCAGGUGGCAGUGAAGAACAACAUUGACGUCUUCUACUUCAGCACCCUGUACCCCCUGCACAUCCUGUUCGUGGAGGAUGGCAAGAUGGAGAGACAGACGUUCCUUGCCACCUGGAAGGACAUUCCCAAUGAGAACGAGACCCAGUUCCAGAUCAAAGACUGUUCCCUCAACGCAGAUGCUGUGAGCAGCAAACUCCAAGGCAGCAACAUCUUCACCAUUGCCAAGAGGAACGUGGAGGGCCAGGACAUGCUCUACCAGUCCCUGAAGCUCACCAACGGCAUCUGGGUGCUGGCAGAGCUGCGGAUCCAGCCCAGCAACCCCAGCUUCACGUUAUCCCUGAAAUGCCGAGCACCAGAGGUGUCCCAGUACAUCUACCAAGCCUAUGAGACCAUCCUGAAGAACUGAGGUGCUGCUGCAGCCCCUCUUCCUCCUCCUCCUCCUCCUCCUCCUCCCGUCCCAUUCCCGCCCGAGGGAGCAGGGCUGGAUCCGUGUGCAUGUCCCCUUCCCCCUGCCCAGGACCCAGCCCCUGGGCUUCUCCCUGUCCUGGGGGAGCAGAGGGGGCAGGGGGCUGUGCCCAGUCCUGCAUCCCUGCAGCAAUCCACGUGUGAGUGAUGCCCUGUGCUCCUCCUGGUGCUGCUCCCUCCACAUCCCAGAAACCCCAGCUCCUGCUCCUGGCUCUCAUGGAGUGCUGGCUGCUGGUGGGUUCAGCAUUCCAAACCCUGGGAAUAGCUGCUGGGGGGGCCCAGAGUGCUGUGGGAUUGGCUGCAGACCCCCCUGGAGCCCUGGGAUUUGGGGCUGGAGCAGGUAGGAAGCAGCUUUGGCUCUCCCUGGUUCAGCAGAGCUGUGGGUGAGCCCUUCACAGAGGAUCUUCUCCCCCUGGGCGCCCUUCCCAAAGCUCCCAGAAGGGCUUGAGGGUCCCACACUUGAGGCUGUACUUAAGGUGCAGGUUCAAAAGGGCUUUUCCAGCCCCUGCCAGGGGGCCAGGAGGGCUCUGAGUGUCCCCUGUCCCCCAGCCCAGCCCCACGGCUCCCUCUGCUCCCCCCUGGGUGCUCCCCUGGGGCUCCCACUGCUCCUGUCCCCCCCAAAUCAAGCCAUGGGUCCCCCCCUCCCUGGAAGCAGGAAAUCUCUAAUAUAUGAAAGAUAAAUAUAUUGUAAUGUUCA